AUGUCCUUAUAUAAUAACCAAGAUAUUAUAGAUUCGCCACUUGAAGAUACUUUGGCUGCUUUACUGGACUGUGUCAAAUCACUCUCAAACUGUGCUACUUAUGCUGAAUCUUCUUCCAAUCAAUUAGACAAGUUAUUGCAACCUAUUCCAAAUUACUCUAAUAAUUCCUCGUCCAAUUCUCCAACAAUAGCCAAAAAUGAAUUUGAAAGAUUAUCAAAUAUCCUAAAAUACCAAAAAGUAUAUAAAUUAUAUCCAGUCUCCCUCGUAAAUAACCAAAUCAAAAAAUACAAAAAUUUUAAGAAUAACGAAAUAAUACUAAUAAUCGAAAGAUUAAAUAACCAUUUGGAUAUUAAAUUCGAAAAAAGAUUAAACUUAAUUAACCAAAUCGAAUUAUUAGAAAAAAAUUUAAAAAAACUACAAGAUUAUAACAACAAUUUAAAAACUGCUUCAAAUUCAAAUAAUCAAUCCACUCCUAAUCAAAACACAAAUGCCAAAAAUGAAAAAAUUGAAUCUGAUUUAGACAUGAAAAUCCCCUUAAAAGUUUCCAUCACAAAUCCUCCUUCAGAGCAAUUUUCAAAUGACGAAAAUCCCAAUCAACCACUUGUUUAUGACAAAUGGCUUGAUUUGAGAGGCACUCAAGAACAAAUUGAUAAAAUAAGAAAAUUAAGAAUCGAAAAGGAUAAACUAAAUUUCCAAUUGAACUCUUUAUCCUCCAAUAUUUAUUGA